AUGUACAAGCCUGCUCCACCUAGGCCCAAGAAAACAGACAUUGUCCGCUCGCGCAAUGGCUGCAAGAGCUGUCGCGAACGGCGCACCAAGGUACGGCGCAUUCGGGGAACCGCCAGGACCAGACUAACAUCGAGGACCAAGUGCGAUGAGAAAAGGCCAACAUGUGGGACGUGUGCUAGGCUAGGGAGAGUCUGCGAGAGUGUCAAGCCGCCCUUGAAGUUCCAAGUGGUGACUGCGCUUCCAACAAAGACAAGCCGUAGGAGGGGGCCAUCCUUGUCCGAACCAAGUCGCUCGGAGGUACAGCUCUUCAACAGACACGACCCGAGUCCAAAACUUCCAGAUAUCAACUUAAUUUACUCGCUGCAGCAUACUGAUCGAGAUGUCUUCUACUCGACUUACUGGGAAGAUCACUGCUUGCCAGCUCUACAUCCGAUAUUCCGUUCCACGUCUGAGCAACUUGGACUUCCGGUGGUAAAAGAUGCCAUCCUCGCUUUAUCAUCAUGCAAUAUCAGCCGGAUCAACCCCGAAAGAAAGUCCUCGGCAUCUUUGGCGACCAUGGGAUCAUUCAGUCCAAGCCUGACCCAUCAAACGAGGAGUCAACUAUAUUAUUCUUCGGCAAUUAAGAAAAUCACUUCACUCGCUCAAGACGACUACCAAAAUAACGUCAUACUGGUUCUAACCACCCUGGUCCUCUUUGGCUAUAUUGAAGCUUCCAUGGGUAACUUCGAAGGAUUCUAUUGUCAUGUGCAAGGCAUGACGGCACUUCUCGUGGAGCUUCGCUCGACAACAGGAAACCCGCUCUUUAGAGCCCUCCUCGCUGCGUGGAUGCAGUCGCAGUUCCUAGUCUGGUGGGCGCGCACAUAUUUCAGUUCUUUGGAUGUGCAGAGACAGUUACCGUCGAUUGCUUUGCCCAGAGACCUUGAAGGACCCUCUGGUUCCCUACACGAGCGACGCGCCGUGGCUCUCAGCAUUUUAUGUGCAUCCCACCGGCUGAAUAUGUCGAAAACUCUCCAACAUUGGAAAUACCAACCAGAUCCCAACCUAGUAUUCCUCUUAGACGAACCACUAACCAACCGAGAGGACCUCGAAGACUACGCCGUGCAACUGAAAAAUGAAUCCAAAAGACUCGACGAGUGGCUAUCGUAUCUCCCACCAUCGGAACAACCCCUUGCGGGCCAUGCAUCAGAAACCUCGCCCGUCCUCUUCCAAUCCCACGAUGCAGCCCUGAACUUUGCCUACCACGUCGUGGCCCGAAUCAUGCAAUACACAAGCUUUCUGCAGAAGAUUCCUUCCGGCGAUCCCCAACACCUCGGCAGUGAAUGCUCAGAGACAGAACCCUGGGUCCGCCUCCUACUCCGAAUCGCCCAGGGAACGGACAUGCGUACAUCUGUGAUCCGCAACAACUACACAAUCGGGUUCUCAGGCCUAUUACUGGCCGCAUCACUCCGCUGCCAGGACCUAUCUCUCAGUAUUGAGAUCGAGCAAUGGCUCCAGACCCUGCAAGACACGCAUCCGACGGAGGAAGGGGCUUUCCCUGUCUACCAGGUUCUUGCUGUUGUCAGGGCGAUCAAUCAACAGAAAAGAAUGGAUCGCGAUGUGUUCGGCGUCUCGCAGCCCAUGGAUGACGGCGGCGGAGAGCCCAAGUUCACGGGUUAUAAUAGCCAGGUCAUUACCACGCUUUUGGUUCAUGGGAAGUGGAGGUCUAGCGGUUCUCUCUUUACAGAGCGUAUCGAUUUUGAUCUAUAA